AUGCUUCAGCGGACACGGCCACUAGUUCAAUCCAUUCGUGCAUAUUCAGCAUCUUCAUCAGAACCCAAAACAAAGUUGAAGGAUGGGCCAUCGUUUGCAGAUUUCGUUAGCUCAGGCAGCGUCGAUGAAGCAGUAGCCAAAUACAAAGGAAAACUAAAACUCGAGAAAGGAGACCGUCGCUUAAGGUUACCAGAAUGGCUGAAGAAAGAAAAAGUCCUUCCAAGCGAAAACGAAAAUGUAUCACGAUUAAAGAAACAACUGAAGGGGCUGAAGCUUGCCACAGUUUGUGAAGAAGCCAGGUGUCCGAACUUGGGGGAAUGCUGGGGAGGGUCGGAGGAUUCCAUCGCGACAGCAACGAUUCUUUUGAUGGGUGAUACAUGUACUCGAGGUUGUAGGUUCUGUUCAGUAAAAACAGCUAGGAAGCCACCGCCAUUAGAUCCGAUGGAGCCAGAAAAUACAGCACUCGCGGUGAAGUCUUGGGACGUGGACUACAUUGUUGUCACAUCAGUUGAUCGAGACGACGUAGAAGACGGAGGUGCCAGUCAUCUCUGCAAAACCAUUCAGCUCAUGAAGAAGGAGAGACCUGAACUGUUGAUCGAGUGUCUAUUGCCAGAUUUUGCUGGUCGUACUGAGAGCGUCGACAUGUUGGCUCUAAGUGGUCUCGACGUAUAUGCUCACAAUGUGGAGACCGUUGAGCGCUUGACGCCAUGGUUUAUUUUAUGCAGAAGUGGUCUCGACGUAUAUGCUCACAAUGUGGAGACCGUUGAGCGCUUGACGCCAUGGGUUAGGGACCCGAGAGCGAAGUACGAUCAAUCUCUAGCAGUUCUGAAACGUGCAAAAAGCACCAACCCCAAACUUAUUACGAAGACAUCAAUAAUGCUCGGACUCGGCGAAAAAGACGAUGAGGUACGGCAGUGUUUGACAGAUUUAAGAAACCAUGACGUAGAUGUAGUCACGUUCGGUCAAUAUAUGCAGCCAACAAAGCGACAUUUAUUGGUGAAAGAGUGGAUAACACCUCAGAAAUUUGAUGAAUGGGGACGGAUUGCUCGUGAAAUGGGAUUUCUGUAUGUGGCAUCCGGUCCAUUAGUUCGGUCUUCAUAUAGAGCGGGUGAAUACUACUUGAAGAAUGUACUUCGAAAGAGAGGAGGUGAACAUCGAGCUCUCAAAGAAGAGGCUGCAUAA